AUUAGUGUACUGUGGAUCAUAGCUGGAGAUACAUUAGUAAUUAGCAAACCAAAAGAGAUGACAGCAGUGUCGGCUCAUAGACACUGAAGCAGGCAUUUCUAGAGAAUAAAGCCAGAAAGAAAAAAUGUUUAGCCAAUCCUUCUCCAACCAAGGAGUGGGUAAACAGAAAGGAUCCUGGUGAUGCUGGUUCUGUAGAUCAGAAUCCAGCCUUUCCUCUCAUCAGAUAGUGUCCCACCUUUCAUUGUCUCCAGGUCUCUUCCACAACUUCAGCCCAGGCUUUUCCAAAGAUUGCAGUCUAUAAUUUUCCAGUAGGUGGCAGCAGUCAGUAGGGCUCACAUGGAAUGCCCCAUCUCUGGGAAUGUGGAUCAGAAAUAGUUCUAACACUGUUCUAAUAGAAUCGGUUCAAGGUGGCCAAUGUGAACCUCAAAGUAAAACUGUAUUUGGAUGAGGGGUGGGGGAUCAAAUAUCUAACUUCAUCCUUCGCUUCUCUAAAGAGACACAAACUGUGGUGACUUUGGCUAUUUCUACCACUCCACAUAGGCUCCUCCUCCUUCCCUCCUCUUAGACUUUGUCCCUCUUACUGACCAGGCAAGGGGGGUAGGGGAGUGGGCAGAGUCCACGCCUGACUCAUCUCUCACUUUACCGGGGCUAAGAUCUCAGCUUUAUACAAAAAAGCAAGAACAACAGAGAAGUGCCCAGCCCCAAAGCAACAGGGAGGCGACUCACUUUCUCAAUUCCUCUGCCAUGGAGUACCUUUCAGCCUUCAACCCCAAUGGCCUGCUAAGGUCAGUAUCCACUAUGAGCUCUGAGUUAAGCCGUAGGGUCUGGAACUCCGCUCCUCCACCUCAGCGACCCUUCCGUGUCUGUGAUCAUAAGCGGACAGUCCGGAAAGGACUGACAGCUACCACCCGCCAGGAAUUGCUAGAUAAGGUACUGGAGACCUUGCUGCUACAUGGAGUGCUAAUGCUAGUCCUGGAGGAGGAUGGGACUGCUGUGGACACUGAGGACUUCUUCCAGCUGCUGGAGGAUGACACGUGCUUGAUGGUGCUAGAGCAGGGACAGAGCUGGAGCCCCAAGAGUGGGAUGUUGUCAUACGGCCUAGGACGGGAGAAGCCAAAACACAGCAAGGACAUCGCCCGCAUCACCUUUGAUGUGUACAAGCAAAAUCCUCGAGACCUCUUCGGCAGCCUCAACGUGAAAGCCACAUUCUAUGGGCUCUACUCCAUGAGCUGUGAUUUUCAAGGAGUUGGCCCUAAGAAAAUACUCAGGGAGCUCCUUCGUUGGACUUCCUCACUGCUGCAGGGCCUGGGCCACAUGCUGCUGGGCAUCUCAUCAACCCUUCGCCACGUGGUAGAGGGAGCUGAUCGAUGGCAGUGGCACCGGCAGAGUCACCUCCAUUCAUAAUGAGAUCACACUCUGAGCCUGUGCUGAAGGACUGGUUCCAUGUGACAUGUGAGGGUACUGAAGGGCAUCAUCAGGCUUGGGGCCUGCAGUGCACCCUAGGUAACCAGGCUGACUCCAUCUUAACAGAUGAGCACACUGCCUUGGUUCUCUCUAGCCUGUACAUCUUCCUGGAGAAUGCCACCUGUCUUCCCUCCAUUCCUGCCUUCCACUUACCCUGCAGAACCACAACCCUGUCCCCUGGCCUCCUGACCCCACCAUAACUGCUGCUUCAUCCAGGUUCUUAUGACGAAUAGCCCUAAGGUCCUGCAUAUCAACAACUGUCCCCAGCUUUACUUCAAGAUAUCUUUCCCUAAAAAAUAAAGAUAUUUCCAAGAAAAAUA